AUGCAUGAUGCUGCGGGUUCUGCAACCAAAAAUUUAGAAGAAUAUGAAAAAAAAAAUGAGAAAAGCCAUGGAGAAGGAGGAAGUGGAGACUAUUAUGGAUUUCAUCCAAUUGUUGUUCUCUGGGCGGAUAUUAAACGUUCAAAAUAUGAAAAUGAAAAAUUAUUGGAGUUUAUAAUUGAUUUAACAAAUUGUGAGGUUACAAAAUUUUUUAGUGAACAAUGUAAUCGCAGUCUCCCCGAUCCCAUUCAAUUAAUAUGA